AUGCCAGCACAGAAAAUACCGGCGACAUCCAAAAUAUUCCAGCCUCUCAAGGUCGGUAGAAUUACGCUGCCUCAUCGCAUAGUGAUGGCACCGCUUUCGCGAUAUCGCAACAGCGAUGACCACGUGCCUCUGGAUAUGGCAGUCGAGUACUACUCCGACCGAGCGACCGUCCCUGGGACGCUCAUCAUAAGCGAAGCAACAGCAAUAUCUCAAGACGAUGAGACUGAUCCCAAUGGUCCUGGUAUCUGGAGUGACAAGGAGAUUACCCAGUGGAAGCGCAUAAUCAGCGCCGUACAUGCCAGGGGUAGCUAUUUUAUACAGCAGAUAUGGAGCCUAGGCCGCGCAGGCGACGCACAAUUUGCGCGCUCCAAGGGCAUCAAGUAUGCAUCCAGCAGCGCAAGUCCUAUGGAGGGGUCUGACAUAACGCCUGAGGAACUUACUGAGGAGGAGAUCUGGGUCAAAAUUGACGGUUUUGCCCAAGCUGCGAAAGCAGCCAUUGCGGCAGGGGCGGAUGGCGUUGAGCUGCAUGGCGCUCACGGUUACUUAAUUGAUCAGUUCACUCGAGAAUCUAUCAACAAGAGAACCGACAAAUGGGGUGGCUCAGUUGAGAACAGGGCACGCUUUGCCAUUGAGGCUGUCAAGGCCGUUGCUGCUGCUGUCGGGGCAGAGCGUACGGCUAUUCGCCUUAGCCCUUGGGCGACGUUCCAAGGCGCCACAUCAUCUGAUCCACAGGCUCAGUUUCUCUACAUGCUGCGCGAGUUCAAGCGGCUUAACCUGAACCUCGGCUACAUUCACCUGGUAGAAGCAACCGGCGACCCGGUCACUUGGCUGCACAAGAAAGAAGAGGACCUUGGCCAACACAAGGCAUAUAGGCAAAACACACUCCAGUACCUGCUGGAGGAAUGGGACAAUUGGUCGCCUGUCAUCAUUGCUGGUGGCUAUACUGCAGAGAACGUCUUCCCUGCCGUGGAUAACCUGUACUCUAAGUGGGAUGUUGCUGUUGCAUUUGGAAGAUAUUUUAUUUCCAAUCCCGACUUGGUAUUUCGCCUUCAACAUGGGGUUGCUCUCAGUCCCUACAAACGAGAUAGCUUUUAUACUAAGAAAACUCCUGUAGGAUACAUCGACUAUCCUGUCAGCGAAGACUUUUUGGAUGCAAGCUGGACAUGA